AUCCACUCACUCGGCAAUGGAAGUAAACGCCGAAACUUAUUUUCCCUCUCCGCCCUUGGCCACGUCCAUCGUCCGCCAUCGGAGGCUCCCGAAUGCGGAUCUCGCGCUCGAGCUUCCUUCCCGCGACUUCCACGGCCGCCGCUUCCUUCUCCCUCCCCUGCCGCUGCCGUCGCCGCCGGCUCGCUCUCUCUCCGUUGGUUUCUCCAACGAUCAUCCCGAUUUCCUGCUCUCGGACUUCAACACGCUUCGGGCCCUCGGCCACGGCAACGGAGGUACCGUCUACGAGGUUCGCCACCGCCAGAGCGCAGCCGUGUUCGCGCUCAAGAUGGUCCGCGCCGACGUCUCGCUACGCCACCAGGUGCAGCGCGAGGUCGACAUCCUCCGCCGCACGGUUGGAUGCUGCCACGUCGUCCGAUUCCACUCCCUCGUCCGAACUCCCUCCGCCGACGUCGCACUCCUCCUCGAGAACAUGGACCGGGGAUCCACCGACGCACUUCUCCGCCGCCGCGGUCGCCGCCCCUUUCCGGAGCUCGCUCUGGCGGCCGUCGCUCGCCAGGCUCUCCUCAGCCUCCCGGAGCUGCACUCCCGCCAGAUCGUGCACCGCGACAUCAAGCCUGCGAACCUCCUCGUCAACUCCGCCGGCGAGGUCAAGAUCGCCGACUUCGGGGUGAGCAAGGUGCUGCUGCGAUCCCUCGACCCGUGCGACUCGUACGUCGGCACGUGCGCGUACAUGAGCCCGGAACGGUUAGACUCGGUCACCUACGGGGCGGACUACGAUUCGUAUGCGGCGGACGUGUGGAGCCUGGGGCUGGCAGUGCUGGAGCUGCACCAGGGACACUUCCCGCUGCUUCCGGAGGGGGUGCCGCCAGAUUGGGCGGCGCUGAUGGUGGCAAUCUGCUUGGGGGAGGCGAAAGGGGUUUUACAAUAUAUAGGCCAAAUGCAUUGAGAAAUCAGAUGCAGCAGUAUUAGAGAGUCUAAAACUAGUUGUAGUUCACAGAGAAGUAGAAUUGUUAUUUGUUUGGAGUUUGAUGCGGAUGGUAAG